CGGGGCUAGACGUGGGGGCGUGGUCGGGGAGGAGCGGCUGGGGCCCCGAGCGAUCGCUGGCCAGCGAAGCGCCACACUCGCUGGGUUGAGGAGAACGGCGCUCAGCCGGUGAGCACGAGCCUGGGAGAUGGCAGUGAUGGAAGUGGCCUGCCCAGGCUCUCCUGGCUCAGCGGUUGGGCAACAGAAGGAGCUCGCCAAAGCCAAGGAGAAGACUCAGUCACUAGGGAAGAAGCAGAGCUGCAUCUACAAGCUUGAGGCUGUGGAGAAGAGCCCCGUGUUCUGUGGGAAGUGGGAGAUCCUGAACGAUGUGAUUACCAAAGGCACAGCCAAGGAAGGUUCCGAGGGUGGGCCGCCCGCCAUCUCCAUCAUCGCCCAGGCUGAAUGUGAGAAUAGCCAAGAGUUCAGCCCCACCUUUUCAGAGCGCAUUUUCAUCGCAGGGUCCCAGCAGUACAGCCAGUCUGAGAGUCUUGAUCAAAUCCCCAACAAUGUGGCCCACGCAACUGAAGGUAAAAUGGCCCGUGUGUGCCGGAAGGGAAAGCGUCACAGCAAAGCCCGGAAAAAACGUAAGAAGAGGAGGUCGAAGUCACAGGCCCAGGCAGGCGUGGCCUCAGCCAAGCCCCUGCCCCGAACCCCUGAGCAAGAGAGCUGCACCGUUCCUGUGCAGGAAGAUGAGUCUCCACUUGGCACCCUCUAUGCCAGAAAUGUCUCCCAGGUCACCAAGCCUCUGAAGGAACCAGACCUCGGCCACCUGUGCUGUAAGAAACAAGGGGACGGCCUGCGACCAGUGCUGCCGCGACCAGAACUCCACAAACUGAUCAGCCCCUUGCAAUGUCUAAACCACGUGUGGAAACUCCACCACCCCCAGGCCGUAGGCCCCCCACCCCAUUCCACUCACCCUUUCCCCUACAGCAGACUGCCCCAUCCUUUCCCAUUUCACACUCUGGAGCCCUGGAGACCCUACCCGCUGGAAUCCCUCCUCCUGGACAAACUAGCUGGUGUAAGUGGCCAGCAGCCCCUCGCUGGCCCACGCCUAAGCAAACUGGCCUAUGGAGACAGUCAGAAGCCCCGGCCCGGCCCACACCUGGAGUCCAGCUACCCGUCUCGAGGUGGCCAAGAGAAGGUUCCUGUGGAAGAGUACCUGGUGCAUGCGCUACAAGGCAGUGUGAGCUCAGGCCAGGCCAACAGCCUGGCCAGCCUGGCCAAGACGUGGUCAUCAGGGGGCUCCAAGCCUCAGAGACUCAGCCCUGAAACUGAGGACAACGAGGGUGUCCUGCUUACCGAGAAACUCAAACCAGUGGAUUACGAGUACCGAGAAGAGGUCCACUGGGUGGCCCAGCAGCCCCGUGUGGGCAGAGGCUCCUUCGGUGAGGUCCACAGAAUGAAGGACAAGCAGACAGGCUUCCAGUGUGCUGUCAAAAAGGUACGGCUUGAGGUGUUUCGGGCAGAGGAGCUGAUGGCCUGUGCUGGACUGACCUCGCCCAGAAUUGUCCCUCUCUAUGGAGCCGUGAGAGAAGGGUCUUGGGUCAACAUCUUCAUGGAACUGCUAGAAGGUGGCUCGCUAGGCCAGCUCAUAAAGCAGAAGGGCUGUCUGCCAGAGGACCGAGCCCUGUACUACUUGGGCCAGGCCCUGGAGGGGCUGGAAUACCUCCAUAUACGAAGGAUUCUGCAUGGGGAUGUCAAAGCUGACAACGUGCUGCUGUCCAGUGACGGAAGCCGAGCCGCCCUGUGUGACUUUGGCCAUGCCUUGUGCCUACAACCUGACGGCCUAGGAAAAUCCUUGCUCACAGGGGACUACAUUCCUGGUACAGAGACCCACAUGGCCCCAGAAGUGGUGAUGGGGAAGCCCUGCGAUGCCAAGGUGGACAUCUGGAGCAGCUGUUGCAUGAUGCUCCACAUGCUCAAUGGCUGCCACCCCUGGACUCAGUACUUCCGAGGCCCACUCUGUCUCAAGAUUGCCAGCGAGCCUCCACCUGUGAGGGAGAUUCCUCCCUCCUGCGCACCCCUCACAGCCCAGGCCAUCCAAGAGGGGCUGAGGAAAGAGCCUGUCCACCGAGCCUCUGCCAUGGAGCUUCGGGGGAAGGUGGGCCAGGCAUUACAGCAAGUGGGAGGUCUGAAAAGCCCUUGGAAAGGAGAAUAUAAAGAACCAAGACCUCCACCUCCAGACCAAGCCACCUGCCACCAGACCCUGCACACCCCACCAAGGGAGAACCCACCAUCCAAGGCCAGCACACCAUCCAAGGCCAGCACAGACGGGGCCUCUGAGCCUCGGCCUCCUCUGCCACCAGAACCACCAGAACAGAACAGAGCUCCAGCCCUGAACCUGAGCAAGGAGGAGUCCGGCACAUGGGAACCCUUGCCUCUGUCCUCCCUGGACCCAUCCCCUGCCAAGGGCCCCAGCUUCCCAGACCGGAGGGCAACCUUUCCAGAGCUGGAGCUGCAACAGCUGGAGAUAGAACUGUUUCUCAACAGCCUGUCACAGCCCUUUUCUCUGGAGGAACAGGAACAGAUUCUCUCUUGCCUCAGCAUCGACAGCCUCUCACUGUCAGAGGACAGUGAAAAGAACCCAUCAAAGGCCUCUCAGAGCUCACGUGACACCCUGAGUUCCGGCGUGCACUCCUGGAGCAGCCAGGCAGAGGCAAGAAGUUCCAGCUGCAACAUGGUGCUGGCCCGGGGGCGGCCCACGGACACCCCGAGCUACUUCAAUGGUGUCAAGAUCCAAAUACAGUCUCUCAAUGGCGAACACCUGCACAUCCGGGAAUUCCACCGGGUCAAGGUGGGAGACAUUGCAACUGGCAUCAGCAGCCAGAUCCCAGCCCCAGCCUUCAGCUUGGUGACCAAAGAUGGACAGCCUGUUCGCUAUGACAUGGAGGUGCCAGACUCAGGCAUCGACCUGCAGUGCACCCUGGCCCCUGACGGCAGCUUUGCCUGGAGCUGGAGGGUCAAGCAUGGCCAGCUGGAGAACCGGCCCUAGCCCUGUCUUCACGGCCAGCUCCACUCUGCCCACAGCAGGCUUCCUGUGAAUCUCAGUGUUCCAUGCUGCCCUGAGAUGCUAGCUGAGUCUGCUCAGGGAGAUCUGCCAGUCCUUGUUCAGCAGUAAGACCAGGGCUUGCAGCAGCGACAGGAGCAGAUAAAGCACCUCCCAGGAUUUGCCUCCUGAGUGCUGCUGGCCUCUGGCAGGAGAAACCCUUCACUCAUGAGGAGACAAGGAGGAAGACGGGGGUCUCAUCCCCCAAGGAAGAGAGCCAGUGCUCUCUGUGAUGCUCUGAACAAGGUAGCCAGACUCCCAUGGAUCAGUCAGCACUUGCCAGCAGUUGGAGGGCAGCUUCUAGCCUGGGUCAAGAAGAGCAGGUACCUAGAAAGGUAGAAGAGCCGGGCUCCCACCCAGCGCGUACAGAAAAAGCAGCAGGUGGACCCGCUCAGGGGCUUGUGGAGCCUUUGACCCCUUGUCUGGUCUCCCUGGCCGUUGACUAGUAUGAGACAGCAGGCAAGAAGGAUGCUAGCACCUUGGUAGAAUGCACCACACCUCCAGGUGAUUGCAGCCCAGGUCCUGAGUUGAGCUCCUUGUUCAACCAAGGGCCACAGAAGGUAUUGAAGAGAAGUGAUUCUCAGGCCUCAGUUUGUGGCUGCUGGCCAUCACUCCUCCUCAGAGCAUCAGGCCUCAUUGAGGCCUACCUUUUGGCUAGCUGGCACUCUAGCCCCUCAUCUGUGAAACUGAAGGAUGACAUGAGACCCACCUGACAGGAAUAGUCUGCAAAUGACAGAUGCUAAAGCCACAGAUGCAGGACUCGCCACCCUCCAGGGCACAUAGUGGGUAUCCAGCAUGCCAGCUUCGUGGUGGCAAGACACUGCCAGCAGCACUUUGCACUCUGAUGACCUCAAAGCACUUUUCUGGCUGCCUUCCAGCAGAGCAUUGGCUCUGCAUGGGCACAAGCAGGCCAGGGGAUGGGGAAGGGACUGUCUUGACCCAUCAUCCACACAGGUUUGACCGUCUCAAGCCGCCUCCAGAUUUAAGAUGAGCACUCCCACCCCCACUGCCCAAGCCAGGCUUUUCCUGGUGGGGCCUGGAGUAGCUGCUUAGGACUCAUGUAGCAUUAAGUUAACUGUGAAUCAUUGUGGGGAGGGGCGCAGAGACCCCUCCUCUGGAAAAGCUCAUCCCCCACCCCAGCCAGCCAUGAUAGCUUCCACCCAGCUAUUUGCAAGGAGCCAGGCUGCUCCUGGCCCCACCAGAGGAAGAACUGCAGCCAGCGCUGCAUUUGGGGUGUACCUGAGCUCUGUAAGCAAUAAAAUUUGGGGUGAUGA